AAAACAAUAAUUAUGAUCAAUAAUUACGAUUUUUACUGCAAAUAAAGGACUAUCUAUUCUAUUCUCUAUAUGGAAUGUUGGCUCUUGUUAGGCUCGAUUGUUGCUCGCGAUAACUAUCACGAUAGUUGGUUUCACUUUUACUCAACUUACUUACUUUCGAAAAAUAUGCUACUCAUAACUAUUACAAUCUUAUUACGUUAAUUGCAAUAAAUUACAUUAAUUGACGACGACGUAUGCACAGGUUUUCAGUCAGUGAACAUUUAAACAUUGACUUUUUUCUAACUACGAAGCAUCUUACCCAAAGUCCACUAAAUAAAGGCGCAAACAGACACUAAAGACGCAAGUAUUGGAAUAGUGAAGAUGGCAGUGAACGUGUAUUCAACGAAUGUGACUUCUGAGAAUUUGUCCCGACAUGAUAUGUUGGCGUGGGUGAACGACUGCCUGCAGUCGAACUUCGCGAAGAUUGAGGAACUGUGCACAGGCGCCGCUUACUGUCAGUUCAUGGACAUGUUGUUCCCGAACAGUGUGCCCAUGAAAAGAAUUAAGUUCAAAACAAACCUAGAACAUGAAUACAUACAAAACUUCAAAAUACUACAAGCUGGUUUCAAAAAAAUGGGAGUUGAUAAGGUAAUACCAGUGGACAAGCUGAUAAAAGGAAGGUUCCAAGACAAUUUUGAGUUCUUACAAUGGUUUAAAAAGUUUUUUGAUGCCAAUUAUGAUGGGAGGGAGUAUGACGCAUUUGAGGCCCGUGGUGGCAUCACCAUCGGGUCAGGGGCAUGUGAAUCUGGAGUGCCUUUGUGUGGUGCAGUUCAGGCGCCACCGCCGCCCAGGGCCGCCGCGCGCCGCCCUGCGCCCAUGCACCACUCCGGCAUUGGCAAAGCAAACAGCACAGUGAGGUCUCCUCCAGUUAACUUAUCUAGGAUAAAUCAAAGUGCUAAGGGGGACUCCAAAGUUAUUGACGAGUUAAAUCAUCAGAUAAAUGAAUUGAAAGCAACAGUUGAUGGCCUCGAGAAAGAAAGGGACUUCUACUUUGGCAAGCUCCGGGAUAUAGAGGUGAUCUGUCAAGAGAUGGAAGAACAGCAAAAUGCUCCAAUUGUGCAGAAGAUUUUGGAUAUUUUAUAUGCAACUGAGGACGGAUUCGCGCCUCCAGAGGAAAUAGACGGCGACAACCCACACCCGCCCGAAGAAGACGAAUAUUGAAAUAUCAAUGUAUCUACGCGUAUCAUAGUGCUCUUUGUAUAUUACAUAUAUCAAAUCGAAAUUAUCUCGCUUUACAAUCAUCGACAGUAUCGAGUGCUUAGUAUUUCACAGCCAAUGAGUCGUAAUUGAAUCAUGUAGGUUAAAAUUGGAAACAGUGGCCCUAAAAUGGCUUAACAUAGCUCAAGUUCACUUAAUACCUACACACUAGAUGUAAAUGUAUAAUAAAUAUGUUACAGUAUACUAACGAGGCUUGUACAUUAUUACUGCUACUUAUUGUACAAAUGCAAUAUAUUUUAGGCAAUAUUCCUUGAGAUUAGUUCAAUAAAUAAUAUUUAACACUUGAUUGUGUGUGUUGUCCUAUUAAAUAUUAUUGUGUGGAUUUAUAUUUACUGUCUCGCAUCAUUAUCAUAAAGUGCAUGAUGUCGUCAUGUACACGCUCUGUAAUUCAUUAUUAUACAUAUUCACGUGGCUGUGUCAUAUCUAAGUGCAUUCCUUGACUUUGGGAGCAUAGUUUCUUGACGGAAGUUAUUUCUAAUUCUGUAUGCUCUUCCUAUGGAGUAACCCAAUUACUGUGUAUUUUAAAGCUGUAUGGUAUGAAGUUUGACUGUGGAAUGUAAGAAAAGCUGUAUUCGACAUCAUUUUUGGGCCACUGGUGCCUGUAUAAAUGUGCAUUUAAUAGGUUGUUAAAUUAUUGGAAGAGAUUUACUGUUAAUUGUUUAAUUCUGUUAUAAUACUGACACAGUUGGGUCAAAUUGUAAUAUUUGGUUCUAAAUUAUAUAAUUUUUAUACAAUUGGAAUAACAAGUGAAUAAGUAUUAGAUCUGAAAGUAACUAACAAAAUUAAACGUGAUUAUAAUUGGACGUAGUUAUGCAGAAACGUUCCAACCCACAAGUCACCCGAAAUCGAGUUAUUGUGAUUGAACAGCCUAAAAUUUAGCAUAUGGUUAUCUAAACUCAAUAUAAUUCAACAAUAAAACCUCUAGUACCUUUACUAGUUAGAAUAAAAAAGAAUACAACUGAAACGCGUAAAUGCUUAUAUCUCAAAUUCAAGUUUAAUUUGAGAUAUAAGCAUUUACGCGUACAGUGGGUUGGAACGUUUCUGCAUAACUACGUCCAAUUGUAAUCAUGAAUUGGUUCCAGGUAGUGUGAUAUUUACAUGACCAUGAUUUAGGUUAAUCAAAAUACAAGACUUAAACUUGAAUUUUUGCACUAUUAUAACUAACUAUAAGAAGUAUACUAAUAACAUUAUAAUUCAACAUAUUUUUAUUUAGUAGAUUAUUACAUCCUAGACGCGUCGAAGAAACUAACGACUUGUUGGCGUAAAAAAGAUGUUAUUCGCUGGUUAAGAUAAAUAGAUAAUUAAUUUAUUUACUUUAGCAUUCAUAAAUUGCCUUAACAGCAAAUAUUAAUUGCCUCUGGUUUUCAGAUUGUGAAUGUCUUAUCGAAUAAAAUAAUAACUUUAUUAAAA